AUGUCUCAAUCAAAUCAUGUGAUCAGUAACGAAGUUACAAUACCCUUACUCCAAAGAAUGUCUCUUGGCGAGAAACUACAUUUACUUAAAAAUAACUUCGUCACUGAAGCAGGCCCAAUCGCCAUAAUGUUUUUCCCAUUAGUUCUCUCAAGUGGUGUCUCUUACCUUCACACCUUAUUCUCUAUGAUUUUCCUACGCAGACAUCAUUCCUCCAUUCUCGCUGGCUACUCCCUUGGCCUUGCUACCGCCAACUUUAGCGCUUACGCCGUCUUCUCCGGCUUGACCGCGGGCGCCGAAACCAUCUGCUCACAAGCCAUCGGCGCAAAACGCUAUAAACUCUUCCAUGCAACCAUCCGGCGAGGAAUGAUCCUCCUCUUCUUCACAUCACUCCUUGUUUUACUUCUCUGGAUAAACAUGGAGAGGAUUAUGACAAUGUUGAACCAGGACGAGAAGCUUGCGUCCAUAGCUCAAACCUUUCUGUUUUGCUCUAUUCCAGAUCUCUUUGCUCGGUCUUUCUUACACCCAUUAAGAGCUAAUCUCAAGACUCGGUCAAAGACUCUGCCUCUAUCACUCUUGACAUUACUGGCGAGUAUUCUCCACUUUCGGUUCUUGUCCUUCUUCGUGUCGCACCUCGGUUUUGAGGUUCAAGGUGUCGCUUUGAGUAAUGUUUUGUCAAAUAUUAUCCUUGUCGCCUUUCUCUUCAUCUACAUCAAAAAAAAGCUAGCUACCGACGAUGAGGAGGAGGAGGAGGAGGAGGAGGUUACAGAGGAGUCGUAUGAAGAUCGUUGGAGAGAAUGGAAGAAACUGUUUGGUCUGGCGAUACCAAGUUGUGGGAUGGUUUGUCUCGAGUUCUGGUGCUAUGAGAUAAUGACUUUGCUUUGUGGUUAUCUCGAAAAGCCUGAAGUAGCUGUUGCUUCAAUGGGAAUUAUCAUUCAACUCACUUCUCUUGUUUACAUUUUCCCUCAUUCCUUCAGCUCCGUAGUCGCGACUCGGGUCGGAAACGAGCUCGGUUCGAACCGGCCACACGCGGCUAGAAAUGCCGCCACUGUCGGACUAUGUUUCAGCGUUCUCCUCGCGAUCACCGCUUUCACGCUCAUGUUCGCGUUCAGAAACGUAUGGGCUACGUUCUUCACGGAUGAUGAGGCCGUCAUUGAUUUAGUUUCAAAGGUUGUGCCGAUAGUUAGCCUCUGCGAGCUAGGAAACUGCACUCAGACGACGGUAUGCGGCGUUCUCAGAGGGUCGGCGAGGCCGAGGACGGGAGCUUUCAUUAACGCGGCGGCGUUUUAUGUGGUUGGUUUUCCUGUUGCGUAUUUUACGGCGUUUUGGUUUGAGUUUGGGUUAAUGGGACUUUGGCUCGGGAUGCUAGCAGCGCAGAUAACUUGUGUGAUUGGUAUGAUGGUGGCGAUGUAUAUGACUGAUUGGGAACGUGAGGCGGAAAGGGCUGGGGAGCUCACAUCGGUGGAUAACUGCAGACGCGACGGUGAUGAUGUCAUCGAGGAUAUGGAGGAGGCUGAGGGGUUGAUAAGUAGGGUCGAGUCUCUUUCUGAGUGAUAGAAGAAUGCUCUGUUUUUAUCGGAUGUCCCCGGAAGGGGAAGAAUGCUCUGUUUUAUUUGUUUUUGAAUUGAAUAAUGCUCUGUUUUUUUUUUUUUUGAAUUAAAGAAUGUUCUGUUU